UCCACAUUUCAAAACCCUCUAUGCAUGUGUUCUGAGGCGUUUUUCAAAGGCGCCAUUGUUGUUGCUCUUCUCUGGCCACCUCCUUGGGGCUCUCCGGAUCACCGGCUUUCAAGCCACAACUUUGAUAUUUGAUAGUUCAUUCCAACUUGUGCAAUCCUCGUCCACUGCGUGUCUGCCUUCUUCCUCCCCGUCGCCUUCGCCUUGAUCUGCCACUUAUCCGACUGCGCCGCCGAAAGAGGCAAGGAAUCAAAUUUCAACGAAAGAGGCUCGAUUUUAAGUGAACAACCAGAGCUGCAGAGAAAUUUCCCUUGGUGCAGUGUAAAAAAUACAAACCCAAAGGGUCGGAGCCGAGCCAGCCCUACAACCAAACAGGCCCUCCAUGAUUUGCAGAGCCAUCGUUCCACCAAGAGACAGAAGCUUCUUCUUAAGCAUAAUCAAUCAGUCGACAGCGCUCUCACACCUGAAUCAAAUCCAUGCUCAAGUCAUCCACAACAAUCUUGUUAAUGACAACAUAACCGUCACAAAGCUCAUUCAAAGACUUCUGGACUUCAAAUCAACUUCCCAGGCCAAUCUUCUCUUUGCCCGUGCUGCUUCGCCUGAUCUCUUUCUGUAUAAUGUCUUCAUUAAAGGUCUUAGGCACGACCCCUCUGAAUCCCUGCGGGUAUACAAAACUCUACUCCACAAAAUAGGUCUCAAACCUGAUAAUUUUACUUAUUCAUAUGUUAUUGCAGCUUUCUCCGGCUCGCCUUCAUCUGAAGCCGGGAAGGUUUGCGUGUUGCUUCAUGGGCAUGCAGUUGUUUCUGGAUUUGGUUCGGAUUUGUUUGUGGGGUCUGUUUUAGUCGAUGCAUAUAUGAAUUUUGGUAUGAUUAGGAAUGCUUACAAAGUGUUUGAGAGUAUGCCAGAAACAGACACAGUUCUUUGGAAUACGGUGCUUUCUGGAUUGGUGAAAAACUGCUGCUUGGGUGAAUUGCUUAGUGUUUUUCGUGAUAUGAUUGAAAGGUCAAUGCAGGUUGAUUCAACUACAUUGGCUGUGGUUUUGUCUGGUGUGGCUAAUUUGCAGGAAUUGUGGCUGGGGAUGAGUGCUCAGGCAUUGGCCAUGAAGGUUGGGUGUCAUUUCCAUGAUCGUGUGCUCACUUGUUUGGUUUCAUUGUAUUCGAAAUGUGAAGAUGUUUUGACUGCUCGAUUAUUGUUUGAUAUGAUCGAGAGUCCAGACUUGGUAGCAUAUAAUGCUAUGAUUUCAGGCUAUUCUUAUAAUGAUAAAGCUGACUCAGCUGUUAAUCUUUUUGGGGAGUUCCUUUUAUCAGGACGUGAAGUUAGCUCGAGUACCUUAGUCGGUCUAAUUCCUGCAUCCCAUCCAUUUGGCCAUCUGGGCUUAACCAUGUCUAUACAGGGACUUUGUCUUAAGUCCGGAUUUCUUCUUAAUUCUCCUGUCUCAACUGCAUUAACAACAGUUUAUAGUCGGCUUAAUGAGAUAGAACUUGCUAAGAGGCUGUUUGAUGAGUCAUCGGAUAAAACUCUGGCAUCAUGGAAUGCCAUGAUAUCAGGCUAUGCACAAAAUGGGGAAACUGAAAUGGCCAUAGCUCUUUUUAAUGAAAUGCAGAAGCUUGACAUUCGACCAAAUCCCAUCACUUUUGCCAGCAUUUUGUCAGCUUGUGCACAACUUGGUGCAUUAGGGUUUGGAAAAUGGGUCCAUGAAUUGAUCAAAAUGGAGUCCCUUGAGUUCAACAUAUAUGUAUCGAGUGCCUUGAUUGACAUGUACACCAAAUGUGGUAAUAUUCAAGAAGCCCGGGCCUUAUUCAAUACAAUAGGUGAAAAGAAUGUUGUGACAUGGAAUGCUAUGAUUUCGGGUUAUGGUCUUCAUGGAUAUGGAUAUGAGGCAAUAAAACUGUAUAAUGACAUGUUGCUUUCGGGUACUCGGCCAACAAGAGUUACAUUCUUAUCUUUGUUGUAUGCUUGCAGUCAUACGGGAUUGGUGGAGGAAGGUGAACAACUUUUCCAUUCCAUGAUUCAUGAUUAUGGAUUUGAGCCCAGCUCCGAACACUAUGCCUGUAUGGUGGAUAUACUUGGCAGAGCUGGUAAACUAGAGCAUGCAGUGGAGUUCAUAUACAAAAUGCCUAAGGAUCCUGGAGCUGCAGAGUGGGGUGCACUGCUUGGUGCUUGUAUGGUUCACAAGAAUGCCAACUUAGCCCGGUUGGCAUCUAAUCAAUUAUUUCACUUGGAUCCUGAAAACAUAGGAUAUCAGGUUCUACUCUCAAAUAUAUAUUCGACAUACGGGAAGUACUCUCAGGCUGCAUUGCUGCGAAAUACAAUCAAGAAAAAGAAACUUAUGAAAACCCCGGGUUGCACUUUGAUUGAGGUUAUGAAGCAGCAGCAUGUUUUCAGAUCCAGCGAUCAGUCCCACCCUGAGUCAAAAGCUAUUUAUGCAAUGCUCGAUGAGUUAAUGCAGAAGAUGAAAAAUGCUGGAUAUUCUACAGAAACCGUGACAGCACUACAAGAUGUUGAGGAAGAAGAAAAGGAACAAAUGGUUAAGGUACAUAGCGAGAAACUGGCUAUAGCAUUCGCCCUCCUAAAGUGUAAAAAAGGAGAUGAAAUAAGGGUAUUCAAGAACCUUAGGGUGUGUUUGGAUUGCCAUAACUUUAGCAAAUUUGCCAGCAAGAUUACUGAGCGAGUUAUAAUAAUGAGGGAUGCUAAUAGGUUCCAUCAUUUUGAAAAUGGAGCUUGUUCAUGUGGAGACUAUUGGUAAAAGACACAUGCCUGUUAGUUAUCUUUAAUGGUGCUGAAUUGCUCGACGGUCUUCAACUCUGUUGAAGUGUGUAUUUUGGGAGAAGUUUUUGAUGAGCACGAUUCUGUCAAAGCACUGCGAACCUCUAUGUAAAAAUAGAGUACCAAAGCAUACAUACACAGUCACAAAGAAGGCAAGCAAACUGAGAUAAAAUGUUGUACAGCAUUUUGAGGCAACUGUGAAAUGUGGAACCUGAUAGUGGAGAAGAAGAUUUAUAUCCAGUUACGGAAGCUGAAUCUACACGGUUUUGAACAUUCAAGUUAUGAUCAUCUUAUUCAAGAGAAUGAAAUGUCAUGUUUUUUAUUCUUUCAAAAAUUUUGCAUGCUUGUUGUCAAUCUAAUCUUCCUGCUUGAUCAGUGGUUCACUUCAAAAUGCAUUUUUCUUCCGAGCAUGUGGUGCUGUUGUUCCAUAUGCAUUUUUUAAGAUACUACUUGAUGAUAUCACAAUCAUAGAAUAAUAGAAACUGCUACAUUUUGCCUCACUUAAUGCUUGGGAGUAUUAUAUUCUUAUGAUCACAGUUUCUACUCUCUCAUUUAUCCAAUUUUCUUUUAAUUGUACUGUUAAUUUUGUACAAAAUUGCAUUGAUAAGGUUUGUUCACAAGAAGGAUGAACGGAAAUGAUAGACAUUGACCUGACAUGUCUGUUUGCUUUGUUAUCUGGACACAGUAGACAGUUGAUGCAAGGAUAUUCAGUAUAGUAGAAAAGCCCAUUCUUUAGGAGCAAGCCGUCCAAGAAUAGUUUCUAGGCAAAGAAAGGAUCGUGUGGUUAUGUUGUUAGCCCAUGCGAUGCAACUUCCGCUGUCAUCCCAGUUCGCAAAAAUAGAUUAAUUAUAGAAAUGGCCAGCAAUAUUUCAACUGCUAUCCAUGUUCUUGAGCUCUACAUGCCAAUGUCAUACGAACUCAUUCACCUGGAAUAUGCAUAAUCUGCUGUCGAGCACAAUCUGCAUUUCUUUUACAGGCAAAGCGAAGGGUGAUAUUCAAAUCAUGCAGGCAGCUCCUGUGUCUCUCCUGUUGAUGUGAUGCAGGCAAUGGAAUCAUUCCCAUGUUGCAUUAUUUGGAAGUUGCUGUGUGUAACACUGAGGAGAGUCAACACAUUAUAUCUAAAGACAUGCCUCUUGCCUUGUCCUAGCAUAGCAGUAAGAA